AUGUCCUCAUUCUCAGAUAAUCAGCAACCGUCGUCAUCUCAGUUCUAUCCACCACAAUCGGCACAGCCACAUAAUUCAAUAUUUGGUGGCCCUAGCAGCGAUGCUGAUCCACCACCAUCUUCUCUGCCGGAGCCGAUUCGAAGGUCUCGAGGGUCUCUAUUCGGUGGGCCGAGCGGGCUGGAUAUUAUUCCCGAGCAGGACAAUGCAUCUGGCUCCGUGAGUGUGGGUGAUAUCGAGGCUGAAGAAGAUGAUUUUGACCUGAUCAUGCGAGAGAGGCCGUUAGACGCCUAUUACGGAUCUGAUGGGGACAGCUUUCGAGGAAGCGACGGAGGCAAAGACGAAGACGGCGGCCAAAGACAGUCGGAAUUAGACUCCGGUCCUCGGUGGAAGCUCAAACAGCCGAUAUUGCCAUCCUCGCCUGUGGAAAUAAGAUCUGCACCAGUGGCUACAACAUAUGUACUUGAUCGCGGCCUUGACCUGCCAGCUCGCGCGGAGCGGCCGAAUCGCUGGGAUGGGCCCCGAUCCACGUACAGACGACUUACUGCUGAUGACCGGGGAGCCUACGAAGCAAUACUCACCAAUCGAGCUAGAGACCUCGCGGCUCAUCUAUACAAUGCUUAUACCACUCGCACUCGACGCAAUCACGCUCGGGAUGCGCAUCAAGACCCCCAAGAGCCUGAUGGGCAAGAGCGAAUCUUCCCUCCCAGACGCUGGAUCGCUUGGCCGAGGCCUGCUACUGAUGUGCCGCGCCCGGAUGAGACAAUACGCCGGCAACUUGAGGGACCUGAUUCAAUACGGAUGCCACCCGAUUUGCGUCCUAGCUCAGAUCUGGAAGAGUCUAUUGUCGCGGCUAUGAUGAAGCAGGCCAAACAAACCUUCAUGGCACGUGAUUGGGACCUGGAGGAGGUGAAAGUCAAGCGUAUGAGGAGGGUGGAUGAUCCUGAUGGCAUGAAAGAUGAAGAUAUGAAAGAUUAUGAUGAUGAGAAGGAGGAUGAUCCUCUUCCAGAUGCAGUGCCGCUCCAGCCAGUCGUCCAAGCUGAUGACGGUGCAUCGAGACAACAACUACGUCCAUUAUCUCGAAAUGUCAUUACCCAGGUGGACCGUCUUUUAAUGGGAUUGCACCAUUCUGUGAAGAGUCGCUUUCACGAUGAUGAAUCCGGCAGUGACUCCGAAGGCGAAGUAGAUGAUACAGACUACGACGAGACAUCCCGAUCGCGGUCCAGGCGGGCCAGUGGGAGCAGAAGCCGGUCACGCGGCCGUAAACGCGUCCGUCGGAAUUCAACCCAUUCGCAGACAUCAAGCCAUUGCUCGGGAAGUGUUCGAUCAUCCACUGCAGGUCGUACUCUGCAGGGAAGUGUGCGCAGUACCUCGCGAUCUCGUGGACGGUCUCGUACCUCUCGAGGUAGCAGUGAUGUUUCCUCGAUGAAAUACAGAUUUGGUCUGCGCGACUGGAGUGAGGUCAUGGGCCUUGCUGCUAUGAUGGGUCUCCCGGAUGCAGCGGUGAUGCGCGCUUCGAAGCGAUGCGCCGACCUCUUUGAACAAGACAUGACAUUCCACACUUUCCACGAGGGCCAAUUCAGGAAAGUCUCUCGUCUACAGGAAACACCUCGAUCCGGUUGGGAAUGGGAGUACCGUGAAAGCGACUCCGACACAGAGGUCCUGCCUGAACCAGAGCAACUGAGUCCACCACCUGGUCCCGCUCCAGAUCCAGGCCCAUCCCCGCGUAAGCGCAAAUCAAAUCCUAGGGUGCGAUCACAGUCGGAAUCACAAUCAAGGCGACAUCGCUCUACUUCGGCUGCCACUCCGGCAGCCUCAACCAUCGCGGUCGAGAUACCAAACUCUGUAUCCGUUCCUGCUCUUCAGAACCAGACCGAUUCCGAGAGCCAACCUCAACUCCCUCAAGUAUCACAAAUACCACAAGUGCAACAAAUGGAACAAGCGCCCAGAGGCAAAGGCAAACAUCGUAAGAACGACCUUGUCUGCCCUAUCAAACGAUGCUCGCGGCACACGAAUGGCUUUUCCCGGACUUGGAAUCUUAAUCUGCAUAUGAAACGGGUGCACCCAGGUUAUACGCCUGGGGAUCGUGAGCGAUCCCGAUCUCAAAGCACGCCUGGAGGUGUCGAAUUGAUUGAGAUUGACUAG